UUUGCUUUUUCUCAACAGUAUAUUUAGGAAGCAAGGACCAUUACUGUCACUCAGCGGCAGACAAGCUUUCAGUAACAGUUUUCUUCCGUGUGUGAAGAAGAGCUGAUUGUUCCACACUGAAUUUGUGGAUUGUAAUUUCUCCUCAGUUGUCCUGACAUUAGGGCUCCCAUAUGGAUGCAAGCAAAGUGAGCUUAAAGACGUGAUGGAUUUGCAUAUUGAUGUAGCCAAUCACAGCUGUCAGAGGACAAAGACCUUUUUUUUCCACAUAUUACACCUCACAGGCUGAGUGGCACUUAAGAGGACCCUGUGGCUAUAGAGGCGACGAGGGUAAAUUGUUUUCCAAUCUGAAAUGAACGUACUUCAGCCGGCUACUCUGGUGAAAGUACACCCUUGUUCCUCCCACACUAUAUCCAACAUCACUGCCAAAUGAUGCACUCGUUCUCCCUCUCUAUCUCCUUUUAUUUCUUUCAAACGAAGUCAGGUUAACCUGUAUCCCAACACUUACACUUUUAGUCUUUGCACUGACAUGUGGUGCCAGACAGUGGAGAACCUCCACUUUCUAAGCGAAAGAGAUGGAGCCAAAUCUCUGAAAGGCGCAUUCUUAGCACCAGUAGUGAAGCUUCACCUAAUUCUGUGAAAAGCUGUUUUAACCUCAUUUGUUGGAAAAGGACGACGAUUUGACAAAUUUAAGUUUCUAACUGAGAGCAGGGCUGUAUCUAGUCUUAUCUGAUUGAUGGCCUGAGCUAGAAAAGGAGCUUGUUCAAUGAAAAUAUAUCGAUGCUUUCAGACUGAUAUUGACUUAUGGUUUUUAGAUGAAUGUCCUCCAAAGACAGAAGGUUUUGACUUUGACUGCAGCCAUGUGUCUUGGCUGCUCUCCACCAGCUUCUGACAUUGUUCUGCUGUCACAGCAGCCCAUUACUGUUGCACUAAUGCAAACAAAUUUGCUUUCUUUUUAGGCUUGUGGUUCUUCAUUUUGCAUUUGAUGAUUUUCCACUGGUUUUCUGAUGGAAGAAGACUGUUUUCUAGAGUAGUCCUGUACAUGACCUGGUUCAUUUGCCCUGUUCCAUCCAGACUGAAACUACCCCAGAUGGUCACUGAUCCACCCCCAUAUUUUACUGUAGGGGCAGACAGUCUGGUUUGUAGCUUCUCCAGGCUUCCUCCUAACCAGUAAGUUGGCUGGAGUGGACAUCAACUGAAAAUUGGAUUCAUCCCUGAAGAGAACCUUAGUCUAAUCAUCAACAGUCCAAUCCUUGUGAUCCCAGCAAACAGUAACCAGCUUUCCUCUGCUUUUCCUUGAUGAAGGGCUUCUUCCUGCCCUGUGUGACUUCAGACCAGCUUCAAGAAGUCGGUUUCCAACUGUCCUUGCGGAACAAAUCACAUUUCUCCACAGUACCCACUCGAUUCCUGACAGAGGAACGGAUGAGUGCACUGUCAUCUUGUGGGGUAGAAAGACAUUUCUAUCCAGCUAGCAAUUUGGUAGAACCAUGUUCGGCUUGUUUUUUCUUGGCGUAAUGAAUGGCUGUCUUGAAGAUCUUCAGUUUCAACAUAUGGGAUAAUUAACAAGUAGAUCAGCUUUGUCCAAUCAAAUUGCAUUGUUUUUUCUUUUUUUUUUUUUAAGGUUUUUUCAGGUGUAGAUUACUACAGAUUUCAUAUUUCAUGAGCAUUUUAAGCAGCAGAAAUAUGUCACUUAGGAAACAAGGUCCUGGUAAUGCAUUAGCCAGUGUCACCCAGUGUUUGCUGGUGUGUUUAUUCAGUUUUUAUGAAAUCAGACUUUGGCUUUACAGACAGGAAUCAGUUCCUUGUUGGUUUUAGUUGACUGUAAGAAAAACACAGUUCAGCCGAAGUAACCCUUUAAAAAAGGCUCCUGAAAUGUAGACUUUGACAUUUUAUUGAAUGAGUGCAGCUUCCAGAAAGAAAGGGCUACUGAUUGCUUUUUCUUCGUAGUUCGCAUUUUGUCUUCUAUGCUUCUGAGCUCAUUUCUUAUCAACUUCAGCAGUCUGGUGUUUUGUUCUGUUGCUCACACACACACACACACACACACACACACACACACACACACACACACACACACACACACGCUCAUACAUACACCAGGCCAGCUGAUUAUAGCCAACAUGCGUAAUUCAAUUUUGUCUCGAGCUUGUUGAGAAGUUAUCUGUAUUAAGAGGGAAAACACCCUGUGGGGCAAAACUGGCAUUUUUAUCACAAAUUCAAUCAGUUGUGGGCUCAAGGUUAUCAGCAGUGUUAUUUUCAUACCCUAAGUUAUCUGUGGUGUAAGUGCUCCUUCAAAAAAUACAAUUAGCAGUUCCAUGCUGCAGUUCCAUGUGAUCCGUAACACAUAGCAACACUAGAGACCGGCAGGCUUACUACAGGGUGGGCCAUAAGUUUCCAUACAUACGAAAAAUAAACAUUCUAUCUUGGACAACCGUUUUUAUUUAUAUAAUGUGCUCUAUAUGAUUGCCAUUGUUUUGAAAACACAUAUUAAUAUAUGUUAUACACUGCUGAUGAUCUUGCAUUAGCACAGUUAAAGUUCUGCUUGUAAUGGCGUUGGUGAUAAGUUCCUGGAAAUGAUUUAUGUCUCGUAUCUUCACCUGAUACACUGUGGCCUUCAAAUGCCCCCAAAGACAACGUCAAACGCAUCUUCUAGGGUAUCUGAAACACUUUAAAAAAUCUACAUUAUACAUUUUCCUGUGUAUGGAAACUUGUGGCCCACCCUGUAGAAUUUUUUGAUGGCAUUAUCGAGAAAAAACUCAGAACCUCCCAAAUCUGGAAUGUGGAUUGAAGUAAAUAAUGUUUUGUUUUACUCAUUGCAAUUAUGAAGUCAGCUCCGCUCAGUUAAUGAUGCUUCCUGAGAUAACCAUCAGCUGCUUCACUGUCAGUGAACACACAAAGCAAAAAAUCUUGUGAGCUCUGGAUAUGUUUAGUCUGGAAUUGUGUAACAUGAUGACAAAUUCUGAUCACACUCUCCUCAUCAGCAGUCAUGACUGCAGAACCAUUGACCUGCAGUUUGACCAUCAAGCACAUUAAACGACUAUACCAGCUGCUGAGUUUGCCCUUGCACUUAGGCAUAAUGCAUUCUGAAAGGAAAUAGCGCCGCUGUGUUCAUCAAUUUACAAAAUUACAGAAAAUUGCAGAGCAAUUCCGGUUGUCAGACAGAUGCAAAACCAAGAGGUACACCAGAACCUAUUUUACAUCAUACCAGUCUGCCAUGACAAAAACUAAACACUAACUUUGUCAAAAAAAAUGGGAGGUGUAGAAUACUUAUUAUUACUAUUAUGAUUAUCAUAAUUCAUCACAAAAUUAAGAAAAGUCAAGUCAAAUUUACCUUGAAAACAGACUUAAAAACAUGAGGUUAACCAAGCGCUGCACAAUGAAAAUAGUAGUCAGUAAGACAGUGAAGCACAGUGACUGAAAGACGUGAAUAAAAAGACAAUAAAACUAUAAAAAGAGAAAGAUACAACCUCAUAAGGGAUUAUGUCAGGGUGUCAAAGAUCACAUGCCAAAGAGAAAGAGGUAAGUCUUAAAGUUACAUAAAGUCUGAGCAGUUCUUAAAUGAAGAAAUAACUGUUCCAUAGAUUAAAAGCAGCCACCUUUAUUUUGUGCUUGGAUUUCACAACAUCCAGGAGCAUCUGGUUGGCCAGCCUCAGCACUCUACACUAACCCCUUUAAAAUCUAAAAAGCUAAAAAUAAGCCAGUGGAGGGAGGCCAGAACUAUUUUGUGUGAUUACCCUUUUUCUUAUCUCGUCAAAAGAUGAACAGCCACAUUUUGUACCAGCUGCAGAUGCUGAAAAGACGACUGCUCUACACCCACAUACAAAGAAUUACAGUAGUAAAUCUUUAUAUGUGGGUGACCAAGUGGUAAUAAAAACAUGAAUAGUCUUUGGCAGAGACUGGCCUUCACCUCGACUAAGGGUCAUAUGCUACUGAUAAAAGCAUAUGUUGACCACUAAGCUGAUCUAUCUGGCAACUUUGAACGAGUUCUUGUGGAGACCAUUAGUGGCAUCAGGGUCAUUCAAAAGAUCAAGAAAGAAAUGAAUGCCUUGAAUGGUUUGUUGCAGCAUAAACACAAAUUUUGUUCCCUAUAAAUUUACAUAUUAAAGAAACAGUUCAAGUCGCUAUUUCAAGAUCAGUUUACAGAAUGAAUAACUAAAUUGGUAUUAAAGGACACAAUUUCAUUUAAUUAUAUUUGCCUUUUAAGUCAUGAAUGGAUUAUCAUAUGGACUGAUAAAAUGAUAUUUGUAUUGAAAAUUUUAAAAUGUAAUAUUCAGCCUGUGUGUUCUUAUCAUUAUUUUUGAGCCAUCAAAGCAGAUUUGUCUGUUGUGAACUGUGCCGUUAAAGCUUAGUUUCACAUCACUGUAAGACAGUUACUUCUGAGAAAGUACCGGUGAAGACAGGUUCAAAGUAAGAGUGGAGGAACAUGUACGCUGUCUUAAAACGAAACGUGACGUUCUGAGUUUCGUGACGGAGGUGAAGUACACAAUGAGAUCAACUUUCAGAGGUUUAGUUGAGCUUGUGGUUGGUAGGACCUGAAAUGCAUCAAAAGACACGUUGCCUUGACUUGUUCUGUUUUCAAAAAUAGCAAAAAAAAAUCCUAUUUCCUAAAUGUCGGCAUCACACAAGAGAAGUUGACAAAGGUAGCUUUCACAGUCUCCACCAUUGUGAAAAUGUCAGCACACUUGACUACUCUGAGCCAUCACUAAAUUUUCACAGACAAGUUAUGCUUUUAAAACGUCAGCUGCGGUCACGAAAAAAGCUCUUCCCUGAAAAAGAAAUGGUGCAACUUCACCCUUUCAGCCUGGAAAGCCACAAACUGUAACCGAGCAGCUUUACAGCAGUCUUGACAAAAUUUAAGCUGAGGUUGCUGUGGUGCCUUUAAGUACAAUGUAGAACAGUAUCAAACCAUGAAAACUAAUAUACAAUUGGUAAAGAAAAGACUACUGAGAAAACAGGUUUAUGAUAAAGUGAUGUGGUUAGUAGUCAAUAUAGAAGGAUGUAAAACUAACUAAAUGUAGCAUUAUGAGCCUUUUAUAAGACAUAAAAAGUAGGACUGCUUGCUUCAGAAAUUAACACUAUGUCAUACUAAAGGCUCCUGCUUUAUACUAUAUACUUGGGUUGUCAUUUUUAAAAUAAAGCCAGACCAGAUUCUUGAUUAAUAGUGUAAUUUCAUUAAAGUAGGUACCAAUAAAACACGUAAAGCCUCCAACUGAUACCAAAAUAUUACAGUCUGGCAGAAAACAAGUUGUAAUGGAAAAGAGAGUGACAACUAGGAGUUUCUGUGGAAAGGAGAAAUAAAUACUUCUUGUUAAUACUAUGAAACCAGAAAAUCCCCUUCAGAUUAUUUUAUCAAAUGUUUUAAAACAUUUCCUCUUUUCAGAUCAUCCUCUUUCUCUUUCUCUGACCGCUGACCUCAGGUAUGCAUUCUUGCUCAUAGAAAAAUACCCUUCGUUCACAUCUGCCGUUGAUGUUUACUCAACACAUCAACAGACCGGCCCCAGGCUUACAUCGCAGACUUUUUUUUCAUAAACAUAAAAAGACCCUUCAAUACUGCACAGACACAGAGUUCAGUGUUCUGGGUGAAGUACUGCCUGGUACAGAGCUCCUAACAUGUAAAUCAGCUCACUUCAUAACCAUGGUCGUACUUUUCUUGCUCUGAGUUAUGCUGAAAGUAAUCAGAGGAAUUUUACACAGAGGAAGAAAAAUGAUGAAGAGAAGCAACUGAGAGGCUCUGCUGUGAUUACACUAGUCACACACGUUUACACUUAUACAUUUGCACUGGUUGCACUAUUAAAAGAGCUAUAUCAUUGUGUGAUUGAACAGGGAAGUCAAAACUAAAUUAUGGAACAAGCAAUGUGGUUGUCUGCCCACAAAGUUUCAAUUAUAGUUAAACAUGGGGGGUUUUUGUGUGGCUGUGGCUCAUGGGUUCUAACAUAUGCAUCAUGUCUGUUCCAUUACAGUCCAGUGAGUAUCUCCACCCCUGAAUACUUCCUGCAUGCACGUGUGCAAAACCAAACCUCCCUCCUCCUACAUGUGUCUUCCCCUUUUCUGUACUUUGUCUCAUCUCCUCUACACACUCCUUGCUGACAUUUCAGCUGUGGCUGUCAACGGGAAGCUAUCUCACCCAGAAUUAAAAAAAUCAGACAGCGCAUAGAGAGAAAACCCUCUUGCAGUCAGGAGUUGUCGUAUUGGUUAAUAAUUGUCUAGUUUACUGAUCGUUUGGGACCAUGUGGGACUAUAGAGGCUUGGCAGCAUGUCAGCAACUAUGAAGAGUCUCUUCUGAAGCUCUUGCUGUGACCUCCCUGGACUAAACUCUGCCAAACCUGCAGCAGCUCUGGAAUGUGUCUGAAACUCUUCACCUGCACUGGACAGCUUUCUUUUACAAACAAGAGAUACAUCUUUCCAAAAACGACAGGUGAAUUUCUAACCAGCUAAGUGACAGAAAAUCUAAAGGGACAAUGAAUGCCACGGUCAACUCCACAGAGUGUGUUCGAAUUGAAGCAAGUGCCGUCAGUGACUUCUUGAUGUCUGUUUACAUCUUGGCUUUCAUCCUUGGUUUGAUCUUCAACAUGCUGACCCUGGGGCCCAUUAUCCAACAAGUGAGACGGCAAAACAUUUUGGGAAUCUACCUGCUCAGCCUGUCUUUCUCUGACAUACUUUUCCUCUUCACUAUGCCCCUUUGGAUCAAUUAUUACCGGCAGGACCACAACUGGCAGCUGGGUGUUACGUCCUGCAGUGUAGCUGGUUUCUUCUACUACUCCAACAUGUAUGUCAGCAUCUUCCUGCUCUGCUGUAUCUCUGUGGACCGCUGCCUGGUUGUCAGUUUUCCACUGCACUUCAAGACCCAGCGCACACCUCGCUACGCUUGGGUGCAGUGUACCAUUGUUUAUGUUGUAGUGAUGUUGCUGCACAUCAUGGUGCUGUACUAUGACGAACUCAAAGACGCCCAUGAUGACUUGAAAGGCAAUGACCGUUGUUAUGAGACUUUCCCCAUGAAGCCGAACGUUGCCAUGUUUAAUAUGAUCAGAGUGGGUGUCGGCUUCUUCCUACCGCUGCUAGUGUUGGCGGUGAGCUACUGGAGGGUGCUGGCCACUGUGGGCCAAAGCCCUGGCCUGAGCGCUCAGGCUAAGAAGAAGGUCCGUCUACUCUCCUUCGGGGUGAUUGGGAUCUUCUCAGUUUGUUUCGCUCCAUAUCACAUUCUCUUGCUCAUCCGCUCACUAGUCUACUACAACAAUAGCAAGGAGACGACUCCUCAAGGAAGUUACUGCCAGUUUGAACAAAACACACACUUCUUCUUCUCAUGCACACUGGCGCUAUCCAGUCUGAACUGUGUGGUGGACCCAGUGCUGUAUGUGCUGGUCAGUAACAUAGUCCAGGAGAAAGUGAAACUGUGCUGGAGAAAACAAAGACAGACAAGGGCAGAGGACUGUGCUCUAACUACAUACAACAGAGGAAAACCUAAUUCCAGUGUAAUAUAGAAACAUGAGCUGUAUUUAUGUGCAUGUUCUUAUGUGUCUCUGCAUACAUAUACAUUAUUAUGCAUGAUACUAUUGCUUUUUCAACACAAAUCUUCAUCUCCAGAGCUAACCAGUCAGCGGAAGGGUUAUUAUAUUCCAUAAUCAAUCCUUUGUGUGUGGACAGACAUCCAUGCAUUUUGUUAUUUUUCUCCAUUACAUCCUACACAGUGUGAGAGGGUUGAAUAAUGUAUGCAUCUCAGAGCUAGGUAAUUGGAUUGUCGUCCCAGGUUCUGUUCUCCUGAGAGUUCUUCAGCAGUAGCCACUUCUGGUUUGUUGUUGGUCAUCGCUGGAGUUGAAGAGCCCUUGUGUCUUCCUUCCUGUCUUUACAAUGAUAGCGUGAUUGGGUGACCCUGACAUAGUGAAAUGUGCAUUAACUCUAAAGCAUGCUACAAAAAGCUUUUAUUAGCAUGCUUGCAUGUCCUCGGUGUCAGAAUGUCAGUGAAACAGGUGAAACAGCGGUAAACAGGAAACCAAGCUAACAAGUGGUUUGAACAGAUGCUCUGGUUGUAGACGGUGUUUGUUAUAAAUGCAGGAAAUUUGUGAUGGUCACGUUCUGCACAUGACACUUAGAGUGAGAGGAGGGUUUAAGACAUGAUAAGCCUGUGCAUCCAAACACCUGGCUGUUAGCGUCACACAUAAAGGUGAUUAAUUGUGAAGUCAACACAGCUGUGUGGCGCACAUCUGGUAGGUACAUGAAGAGAGCAAUCAGGAGGCCUAUGUAUAUGUGUUUGUGUGUGUGUGUGUGUGUGUGUGUGUGUGUGUUUGUGUGUGUGUGACAAAGAGAUAAAAAGGAUUAACUUAUAUUCAGAAAUUCUGAUAUUGUAAAUGCACGUGAACUCUCUGUAAAUCUACUGUACAUACAUGGAAAGCAAGAAAGAAAGAAAGAAAGGAGACAGUGAACCAACAUCAGUAUUUAGUCUAUUGUUCAUAGUCAUAGUGGCUUUCUCAUGCAUCAAUAGAGCUCUUUGCAGUGCACAUUGAUAUAUCACCAGCUGUGUACUUGUCCUAAAGCUAACAGGUAUGGACCCUGAGGUUGUCCAGGCUUGUACAACCACCUCUCUCUUUUUUUCAACAUCUAUACUGCCCAGUCUCUGAAUUGAGUCUCUUAACUCUCUACUUAACUAAAGUACUUGAGUGUUACAUGUAAUGCACUUUAAUGGAAAUGUACUUGCUGCCUGUGCUAUGUCCACUGGCAACAUUUGUUUUUCCAGUACAUGAUGAGAAAUGUUGCAGGGAAACAAGUGAAAUAUACUGGGAGUUUUGCUGAUAUGUUUGGUAUGAAAACAUUGUGACUUUGCAGAUACUUCAUUAAAAUCUUCCCUCAUUAAAUUAAUACACAUCUA